CGGCUCUAACGGUGUCCCCGAGGCGCAGCUCCUGCGUGACGGUGCGGCUGCGGGCCCUGCAGCACCGCUCCCAGUGGACUAAGCGGGCGGGUAAAGCCUCUUAUUUAAUGCCUUUCGGUUAAACAAGAAAAUAACCGCAUCUCUCCACGAGGAGCAGCUCGUUUCUUUGAAUGCAAUGACUCAGCAGCUACAGGAUGAAUUUGACAGCAGCGUGGAGAAUGCAGAAGCUUGGAUGAAGGCCAUCCAAGAGAGACUGAGCAUCAAUGACAACACCAAGGGACCACGAUCUGCCCUAGAAGCCAGGCUGAGAGAGACAGAGAAAAUACGUGAUCUGGAACCAGAAGGUACGUUGAAAAUGGACUUGAUUCUCGCAAAGGCAGAUGCUGCUCUUCACUGUAUCAGUGAGGAUAAGAAACACGAAGUACUGUCUAAGCUGAGACAUAUUAAAGCCUUGUGGGAAGAGACUGCCAUUUACAUUACUCACUGUCACAGCCGUAUUGAGUGGGUCUGGCUGCACUGGAGUGAGUACCUGAAAGCGCAAGAUGAGUUUUAUAUAUGGAUUCACAACAUGAGGGUGACCUUGGAGCCUGACAUUGAGUUACAGCUUGGCUUAAAGGAGAAGCAGUGGCAGCUGAGCCAUGCUCAGGUUCUGUUGAAUGAUGUCUUAAAUCAGUCGGUCCUUCUGGAAACGCUGCUAGAGGAAGCUUCUUCCCUGUUCAACAGGAUAGGUGACCCCAGUGUUGAUGAGGAUGCUCAGAUGAAAAUGAAGGCGGAAUAUGAAAGCAUCAGGGAAGAAGCUCAGAGCAGAGUGAAAUUGCUUGAAAAGAUAACUGAAGAACACAAGAAGUACAGUGCUAACAUCAACCAGUUUCAAUCGUGGCUGAAUGGUGUGACAGAAAGAUUAAACUGCUGCAUUGGAGAAACAACCAAGUCUUCAGCGGAGGACAGACUAAAGGCACUGAAGGAAAUUGCCAAAAAUAUUAGGAACGGUGCAAAGAAAUUGAAGCACCUUGAAAAUCAAUGCGCAGAUGUGAUUCAAAAUACCUCCCCACUGGGAGCUGAGAGAUUGAAGGAUGAACUCGAUGAGCUGAGAAAAGCCUUGGAGAAGUUGAAACUGCUGAGCAAUGAGGAGGAACAGAGAUUGCUCAAGAUUCAACAGUCAGAAAGUGCCUACAAGUCCCAAGCCAGACAGUUAGAAGCAGAUAUCCAGGAAUUCAGAAAAGGUCUACAGAAACUAGAAAAUGAUCUGGACACUGGGGAAAGGGAAAAGACUGAAGAUGAGUUUGUAGCUCAGUGGAGAAAAUGCAAUGCAACAAGAGCAGUUCUGGCUGCAGAAGAGUCGAAGGUUGAGAGGCUGAAGGCUCAGCUAAAGGAACUGCUGCGGUUUUCCCAGGAUGUGCAGCCACACGCUGAUAGUGUCAUCUCUGCAAUACGGGAAUAUCAAAGUGUUAAAGGAAAGACAUCUAAAAUGAGCACUGAUGCAGAAACUCAACUGAGCAAACUUUUCCAAAAUCCCCUGGAAAGUUUUGAACAAUGGAAGCUAACUGUCCAGAUGCUUCUGGAGACUCCAGAUCCAGCGUUGGAUCAGAUUGAGGCUGCUCUAGCUGAAAGUUCACAGUUCAAAGAAAAGCUGAUGACAUUACAGCUGAAGAAAGAUUUGCUAACCAAUAUUCUUGGAGAGGAAAAAGCAAAAUCCUUCCUGGAAGACGUAGCCGAAGCUUCAAAGGAGAGAGAAAUUCUACACAAAAAUCUACUGCAAAGAAAAAGCAAACUCCAGAAUUUGAUACUGCAGUAUAAGGACUUUGAUGCUGCUUUUGCACCUUUGCAGAAGAAAUUAUUUGCCAUCAAAGCCAAACUAGACUUGGAGAAUGAACCACAGCCUAACCUUUUGGGUAAAAAGACACAACUCCAGAGACUCCAGAUGAUCCAAGAUGACUUGGCAGAGCUUGCAAUUCAAAUGGAAGAGGUAGAGAAGCUUGUUCAGUCAAAUGCAACACAUAGACAUGAAAUGAAUCAACUUAUGUCUGACAUUCAGGCCCUGAAGAGAUCACUGGAGAUUAUGAUACAGCAGUCUGAAGAGCAUGUUCAGAAGCACUGGGCAUUUAAUGACAAACUGUCUGACCUCCAGCAGUGGAUCACUGCAACCACUGAGAAGAUUGGCUCCUACCAGGGUGCUGAUGUAAUGCAGAGCAAUGAGAGCAGGGUGGCAAACCUUGAGAGAUGGCUAGCUGAGUUUCCAGAUAAGGAGAUCCAGCUGCACCUUGUGGAAGCUCAUGGCCAGCUGGUCAUGGAGAAUUCUUCCCCAGAAGAGACUGCCCAUGUUCAGGCAGAGCUGGAUCAGCUGAAGGAGUCUUGGAGAUCACUGAAAGAAAUGGCAACUGGUCUUCUCAAAAGGUGGCAGUUAAACAGACCAAUGGCUGAUAAGAAGAAUAUAAUAUCUGUGGAUAGCAGACACAAGUCUGGACCAGUCUUCCAUUCUUUAGAUCUCAACCAUAAGCAGGAGAAGACAGCAGAAGGGCAAAGAGCAAGCAGCCACCUUAAGCUCCUGCUUGACUUUGAAGACUGGUUACAAGGAGAAAACACCAAACUCUCCAAAAUUCUUGCUGUGAAUUUGUCUUCCACAGAGGAAAUCAAGACACGCCACAAAGAACUGGAGGAGCUGCAGGCUCAUGUGCCUGAUGGUCAGCGUCGCUUUGAGGACCUUCUUCGUUUUCAUCCUGUCAUUGGAAAUUCUGAAGAUCUGGAAGACCUGCGUUACCGUUGGAUGCUUUACAAAUCUAAACUGAAAGAAUCCAUGAGUUCGCCGAUUACUGGAUCUUCAGAAAAACCAGACAGAUUCAGAAAGAAGCGCUCUGGAGGCAUGUGCUCUUUCUUGCAUCGAGUAUGCUGGGCAUCGCUACCCUUGCAACUGCUCCUCUUGUUCCUCCUGCUCCUGGCCUUCCUCCUGCCCCUGGCAGAGAAGACGCACAGCUGCACACUGGCCAACAACUUUGCCCGGUCCUUCAACCUGAUGCUGAGAUACGAGGGUCCACCUCCAACCUAACUGCUUGGCACGGCAAGAGGUGACUCACAGAACUACAGACUCACUUUUUUAAUAAUUGCAAGUAUUGUAGAUCUUAGAGCUUCUAAUAAGGCUGUUUUAUCAACUGGAUAUAUCACAAAAAUGCGUCAUAAAAAUAGUCCACACUGUUCAAGCAUAUGAGCAAAAUUAAUAUUUUUACAGUAUUUUGUUAUUAUAUUUAUAAUGUGUAUAUAGAGAUUGUGUAUGAGUGUGUAUAUAUAUAGAUACAUAUAAAUAUAUAUAUAAAUGCACAUCUGUGGCCCUACAAACAUUCACCAUCCACUCAUCCACUGUUUGGGAGCAAUCCUGCAGUAUUUCUCUUUUUACUGUCUUUCAGCAAGGGCCACUGAAUGAUGGUUUUGCUGUUGUUAUUUUGGGUGUUACUUAAAAUCAGCUUUUUGUUAUUUACAAAAAAGUCAUCAUGUAUGCAAAGAUCUGGGCAUGCACCAGAGUGCAAAUAGGAGAACGAACCAUUUACAGAGGCUGACAUUUAGCCGAGGAAAAAUGGGACAAUCCUAUUUAAAAUCUUGAUCUGUUUUUUCAGUAUUCAGAUGCAGGUACUGCAGAAGGUAAUGGAAAUUUUUCUGCUGAGUUCAAUAGGUGUGGGGGUGGGCAUUCUCUUGUUCUCGUUUUUUACCAAUUACUGUGUUCUCCAACCCACCUGAAUCAGGAGAGGUAGAAUACAGUGGGAGGAAAGCUGGAAAAAAAAAAAUGACUUUUUAUGAUACAUCUCUGCAGAGAACCUUUAAAAUAAGGUCAUAAUUUUCUGAACAAAUUCCUGAGCACUGAACAGAACUUUAUAUCAGUGAUUUUGUCUCCAAAAAGCAGUGGAGUUUUUUGUUUUGUUUUGUUUGUUUUGUUUUGUUUUUUACUUUAUGCAGAGGCAUUCAGGAAUGGAUCAUAAAGCCUGAACAGUGUGAUACAGCCUGCUUCAAUGUCAGCAUUACAAAAGUCAGAAGUACUUUAAUAAUACCAUCCUGGAAACAAGAUUCAUUCCUAGGGUGUUUUUACAUAAUGGUUUGUUAAACUGGUGUAAACUUAAUGUAUCAAAAUAUAGAUUUCUCUACAUUCUAAAGGCUUGAGAUGAUGACAAUUUGCCAUUUAUGUUCUAGCUUCAUGCCUGAUUUAUAAAAUUUUUAAAUGUACAUUUUAACAUGGCGUUUUAAUGUAAAAGCAAACCUCAGCUUUACUGUGAUGAAACCAUUCUUGACGGUGCUUUACCUCAUUGGUUCAUUGAUUCCUGAGAGAAAAGGAAAUUCUAAAUUUCUGAAAUUUUUUAUCAUUUCUGAGAGCUACAUCUAAAUUUCCUUGCAUUUGAACCAGGAGGAAAAUAAAUAGAAGAAAAAGAGAAAAAUUUAACAGAAGAAACAGUUAUUUUUCCCAUCCUGGCUUUCUUGUAGGAGAAGCUUGUCUUGUCAGUACCAGCAGGUGGUAUUUGGUGUUUUCCAAAUAAGCUUCCAAAUAAUAUCAAAUCUUGUACAGGUAAAUUAUUUAGUAGCUGGGGGACUAAAGAAGGGAGUUGUUUUUCUUUAACAAAAUCAUGAAAGUUUUGCUAAAUUAAAAAUAAUAAAAUCAGCAAAAUAUGACUAGAACUGGAAGGCAUAGCAGCAAGCAGCUCAUAGGCAUGGAGAGAAGGAGAAAAAGCAGAUGUGAAAAAUAGAUAAAGACAGAGAAGGAGGAAUUUAUAAAGCCUAGAAAGUCUCUUGAAAAAUAAUAAGGCUCUAAGCAGGAAAGGUUUCUAAGUGUUUUUGAUUCCCUCUCCCUGCAAAAGUACCGAAACUACCACAUAUUAAACACCUUUUCUUCAGUAAGAGUUGUCAACAGGGCUUUUCCUCAGUGUUCUGGGGAGACUCUUCUGCCAUCAGCUCUCUUUUGCUGCUUCCCCAUACUGCUUCCAACUGCACUGCUUUUUCUGGAAUUGCAUAAAAAUGUCAAAUUUCUGCAAAGAGAGUAAAUGAGACUAUAUAACAAAGAGAAAAGAUAGCAAGAAAGAUAUUUGGGUAGAGUACAAGGGGAAUGUGAAGAGGAUCUGAACUGGUGCAAGUGUCAGGAGGCAGCAGGAGAGAUGCAGAUGUGGACUGAAGCAGGGAGGUGAGGAGCAAUGCUGAGUGAUAACUAAAUGCAUUCCGAUCUAAGCAGAGAGUGAGGAAAGGCAGAGUCUGAUUUCGGCCACGGAGGAGCCAGAUGGAGAGCUAUAAGUCAUCAGAGAGUGGAGUGAAUGAAUUCCUUCUUUGCAAAUGUUCCUUCUGGAGGCGGAGGACAUGCCUCCUUCUCUCCCCUCAUUAGCUGUUCAAGAAUCAUGCACAUUACUGCAAUGCUUCUCUAAAAAUUGCUGCCAGCCCCAGGGGAAGAACCCUGUAGCUCUGUAGCGAGGAACUAAUCAUCAUCCACAUCUCCAUUUCAAAUUAAACACUGACAAAAGAGAAGUGUGGGGGAAGAGGGGCAGUAACAGAACCUGCGCUAUGUGGUUCCGUGUAUGUGUGCACUGUUCUCUGGCAUAGUCACAUUGCCUUCCCUUUUCUUUUUUUUUUUCUUAUUUUUUUGUCUUUCCAUAUGAGGAAACUAAAAGUGAUGAAAAAGAAAUUAAAAAUAAUGAGGAAAAGUAUAGCUACAGGGGAAACCAGCAGGGAGAUGCACAAGUUUUCCACAAACUCUCACAUCAGAUUUCUUUUCGCCCUGCCUUUCUAAUCUGGAUGACUUUUAUAGGUUGACAAAUGAAUUUGAUACCCCAGGAGUAUGCCACUGGGUAAAAAUAUUUUGAAGAAAGGACCGUAACAGAACAAGUGCAUCACAACCUUGAUGUUUCAGUGUUGUGACAGUUGGAAAAAAAAAAUAAUAAUUGUGACAAAAGCUCUGUUGCUGCUGGUUUUGCAUUCUGUAAAUCCUCUGUCUAUAAUCUUGGAAUUUUUACUUUAAAUCUCAGUAAAUCUAUUCUCAUUAACUUGAGUAAUCUCACGUAAGUGAUGAAUCUUUCUACAUCUUUGCAAUGGAAACUAUUCAAAGCACAGGACUUUGAUUUUCAUAGCAUUUAUAACAAAUUCACUUCUUCAUAAUGCCAUUGGCCUCACUUUCCAAUGUGGGUGUGAGAUGAAAAUUAGGCCCUUUGUUUUUCUAAGAGGAAAUUCUAGAUAUCACAAAAGUAAACUUGAGAUGUAAAUCCAAGUUUGUCUUCUUUUUUAUUCCCCCCCUUUUUUUUUCUGAAAAGUUAAAGGUACUGAUAGCUGGAAGUGUGCAUAAAUAUUGAUCAAGUCAAUAGAAAGAACUAUGAAAACAAAAGGCACUUCAACUUCCAGGAAACUGAGCUCAGCUCAGAUUCCCAAAAGCACAAACUAACUCAUAUUAUUUCCAAAUCCAUCCUUGAAGUCUUGAGCACUGUUCUUAACGUCUGAAUCUUUGCUCACAGGUUAUUUGGGGAUUACACCCUUGCUUUUGUGCCUAUAAAACCCUCAGCUCAUGGAUCUCUGACAUCUGUACGUAACUGAGAUGUUUUGUAACUCAGCUUCAGAUUGGGGCCCCUGUCUUAAAACGUCCCUUACCAAGAUCUAGGAUGUACAAAACAGAUAAGCAUCUAUACUUGAAUGCUUCCACUACUUUAACAUGGAUUUUGCCAGUCAGAGUGCCAAAGCCCUAUAAGAUAGAUUAUGUUCAAAAUUAUAAACUGUUUGUGCAUCUGGCUCAGGCUACAUAGCCCACAUUGUGUGUAGAUACCCAGCCUGUUCACAGAGCAGAUUUCUCAUGUUUCUGUCCAAGCUCUCUUGCCUGCCCUAUUGGAUCCGGCAGUUGAUUGACCACAUUAAUGACUCUUCAGUGUUGAAGGCAAAAUCCUAUACUCUGGUGCCAAUGCAUUAAAGUAAGACUUCUGCACAGCCCCAAGGGCACAGUUCGAACUCAGCCUUUGGAGUGAAAGCAAGCCUACUUUAUAAAUUGUAAUUGAUUUUGUAGCCAGAUGCUUUCAACUGAAUUUUCCAUGACUGCAAUACUGUGAGGUAGAAAAUUGUUAUUGUGCCACGUGGCCCCUUCUCUAAUUCCUACUAGCAAUUUAGAUUGUAUUAAAUAUUAUUUAUAUAUGCACUCUCCAAAAAUCUUUUUAUGAAAAACAUGUUCAGUUCUUCACAUGCAUUAAAAACAUCAUAUUGCCGUGUAAGCACAGAAUGCAUUUCCAGAAUGAUAAUCAUUUAUUCCAAAAUACCGGCUUGUUUGUCCUGAAUGAGACAAUAACCUAAUAGAAACAGCUGAUAAUUGCUGGAUAAUUUGCAGAGCUUUACAAUGAGUUUCCAUUUCUCCAUUGCUGUUUUUGCUGGGAUAAUCAAAGGCCUCAGAAAUAACAAAUGUCUCCAAGAAAAAUGCCAUCACAAGAUGGUCGUAUGGUAGUUUCUAACACGUCAGUGUUGUGUUCUUUUAAACUACUUCACGGCCUCAGGAGUUUGCUCCGUCUGAUCUUUUCUUCAAUAUCAAAUAGGAAAUGUUUUACUUCGAUGUGUGUGCAUACACAUCUCAUUAACGCUAAGGAGGUUUGAAGAUUUCAUAGAUGGGAAUUCCUUUAACUUGUAUUGACAGGAAAGUGCAUUGUCUCCUUUAUAACAAAGAUUCCCAGAGCAAAAAGAGUUUUUUAGAAUAACUGAAGGUUACAGAUAAAAUAAUUAUUGCCUAUAUGAGUUUACAGAAGAAAUAGCUUUGCCUUUAAAAAAAUACCACUGUAAGUUGCCCAGCAAAUAUAUUUGCUAGGCGUCAUAGUUGUCUCUCAGGUCACAGGUUAUGUACCCAGCUGGUUGUAAGAGAUGCUUUUGGAGACUUUACUGUCUAUUGAUUAGUAUUAUUUGCUUAUCUGCAGCUGAAAACACAUAUGACCAAUGGACUAUAUCGUCUUCUUCCAGAGUUGCUGGGGGCUAUCAGGGAUAUUCUCAGUAGUUCUCAGAUCACUGACCUGCUCUGAGCCAGUACAGAUCUAGUGCAUUAAUCCAGUGUCAGUGGUUGGCAGCUCUGAGAAGCCAGUUUAUUAAAAUACUAAAGAUAACAUUGUUGGUACAGACAUCAUGAUUCAUUCAGAAACCAAUCGUACUGUUUUUGCCAUAUUUAAACAUAAUUAUAGAUAGGUUAUGGUGGGUUAAAAUCAAAUUAGUCAUACAUGUUGGAAAACUGUGUGGCAUGUUUUAGUCACUUUUUGACUGGCACAAAUAUGUCUAAGAAUUACUGGUUUAUCUUGCACUUCCUCAAAGGUAAAACAAAGCAAAGAUGCAUGAAUAUAGCAUUUUUUAAAAAUUAAUAAUCUCUUAUCUAUGCAAUUUAAAAUAUGAAUGUCUACCAGAGAGUUAUCACUAGAUAUGGAAAACAAAGAAAUAUGUGUUAGAAAUAUACCAAAUCAAGCAGUAGCCUGAAUGACACCUGUUACCUAACCUACCUCAGAAAUUGCCAGAUGUUAGAUAGUAGCAUCAGUGAGCCAUCCGCCCUCCUAUUAAACUGUGUGAGAGAUCAAACUGCACUACUGAAGGUAUAAUAUCUCAGUGGCAGGAGACAUCAAAAGGCAACCUGGUAUCUCGAUGCCAGAGAUGAACAUGUAGGAUUGACUUAACAAAAGCUACCCAGAUCUAAUGGCACAAGAACAAGCUUUGGCCAUCUUGCCUGCCUGACAAAAUUUUCACCAUGGCCAUCGACAUCGUCCAGUUUCACCUUGCUGACUGUGCAAAGAGGUUUCCUUAGGCAGUUUCACUAUAGGUGAAAUAUGAGCUUCAAGGAUUUUUUUCUCUUAAAAAUGCAGAAUAAACUGCUAAUUCAAACACCUCAGUGACAGAUUAAUUGUAGGUGGUAGGCGCUGAUGCUCCAGGAAAAGAGACAGGAAAUGCUAUUGUAGAUAGAAAGAUAAUCAUAGAGAUCUCUCUUCAAUUGAUAGGAAUUAGAGGUUCAUUAUGGAACUGAAAUAGGAAUUCAUUUCCAAGUAAAUGCUAAAUGUGGCCUCCAGUCUUUUGGACUUGGGGGUUGAGCUUAUUUGAUACCUUAUUAAAUGCUAGUGGCUUUCUGGCUCCUAAGCAAUGAUUUCCACAUCCUCCCUACAAGCUGUGUGGAAGAGGUAUUCCAAUGAACUGACUUUGCAUUGGUGGGAAUUGUUUGACUUUCUUUUUCUGGCCCCUGAGUGUUGAAUCCAAGGAAACAGGAAGACAGACCAGUGUUACUGUCUCCACAUCAUUUGUCCUCUUUCUUUUAUCACAUCACCUCUACUUUGUUUCCUUAUUAAAGUGAACCCAGUCUUCUCUGCCACUUAUUAUGUUGAAAGUCACCAUGCACUUGACCAUUUCUGUCACCAUUCUCUUACACAGCACAGAUUAGCCUACCCUUUGAAUGUGUAUUGUGGCUUUUCUCAACAGAGACCCACAAAACAAAUCCCAGCUAAUGCCUUUCCUUGCCCACACCCAGUCCUGUCUCCUGUGUUCUCUCCCAGCUGAACAUCCUAAUCCAAGCCUGGUGGCCUGCCCUGUCUUCUCCCCCACUUGCAGUUCUUCCUGCAGAUGCUCUGCCCUUUCCCAUUUCCACCUGUACCAGAACAGUCUUUGGAGCCAUCAAAGGGGCUCUGGUCCCUGCCACCAUCUCUCCUGAGCCUCCUGACCAGGUCUUGCCUUCUGUGGUAGCUCAGAGACUGUCCUCAAUAUUCACAUCUGCAGCUUGGCGUCCAAAGAACUGCUAAUAAACCAUUAUUGGUAAUGAAAGCCCUGCCCUUAGUAUUGUUCAUAGCCUGCCUAAGUGCUUUUUCUCUUCUCUCUAAGCAGAUUUUGAUUGCUAAUCCAAUCAUUGCACAAAGAAAAUUGCCCAUUAUUUGGCAAGGAGGGACAGAGUUUCAGUUUCAGCUUUUAUUACCCUUGGUUGUUGCUGCCACUACCAUGUGCCACUGAGCUGGACUGUCUCCUCAGUGCACUGUGCCCUUGAGCUGCCUGGAAUGGCUGAAUGUCCUGUUACACAUCAUCAUAAGCCAGGAUCUCUUUUUUUAUUUUCUGUUUUGUUAGAAAGAAAAGUUGUCAAUUUUGUCAAGGUGGUUUAAUUAAGCUCCCUAACAAACUAUUUUAUCAAUUUUAUUUGAUUGAAAGAUAUAUGUUAAAAAAGAGAGGGGAGUUUGGGGCAGCUGAAAACCAAAGGAAGGCUGCAGCCUGCCGGCUGACACCCAUGCUUUGCAUGAGGCCUUCAGUCACAGCCUGGAAUUGUUACUGCUCCUAAAUGCCCCUGCUUUCAAAACGAAAUUGGUUUUUGUUUGUUUUUUUUUUUUGUUGUCGAGUAUAAUAAGCAUUGAACACCACAAGCUUGGUUUCACUACAGAUAUUAAUACUCUGUAUGGUACUUUCCAUGGUUAAGAAAUAUAUAUGUGUGUAUAUAUGAGGGCUACUCUGAAAUUAAUGCCUCCUAUGUUAUUAUGUUGGCCCAUGAUGUCAGAGGCAGAUGUUGGUGGUAUGGCAGUAGCGGCUGAACCUUCCCACCAAUAUUCUGUUCCAUUUUGUUGCUGUGUGACAGACGACAGAAGAGGUACACUCUGACAAAUUGACAUCUGACAUGGAAGCACAGAUGAAGCAAAGGCUUGUCAUUGAAUUCCUCCAUGUGGAAAAAAUGGCACCCAUUGACAUCCACUGAUGCUUGGAGGAUGUCCUGGGAGACAAAGUGGUGGAUGUGAGUCCACUGAGGGAAUGGGUGGUGCAUUUCAGCAGUGGUGACAGCAACGGUGGAUCACCUCCACUGGUGUAGAUUUUUACCAGCAUGGCACAUAGGUUCUUAUUCAUUGCUGGCAAAAAUACAGAGCUAAUGCUGGUGACUAUGUUGAAAAAUAGAGUUUUGUAGCUGAAAAUUUGCUCCAUCAAAUACUGCUACUGUGCUUUUUGCAUCUGCGAUAAUUUCCAUGGAAAGAAAUAGGAGGCAUUACUUUUGGAGCUACCUACGUACAUGUAAUGGGGUGUGUGAUUAUUGUUCUACUUAAAGAAAGAUGACAUUCCACUUCAGUGUAACUUUCAAGUGCAGCUUUUAGAAGAAACUAUGUCUUAAAAGGAAGCUGAGGAUGUUUAGAGGUAUGUGUUUAAUGAGCUUUAGAAGCUUUAAGUCAGGGCUUCAGCCUCUAAGGUGAAAAGCAUCCAGGAUUAUUUCCCAUUACCUUCCCAGAUCAGAUCCUGUAAGAGUUUAACCUGGGAAGCACAGGCUGAGCACCGGCUAUUUCUGAAGGUAUUUGGAUGCUGCAUGUUUUCAGUGUGUGUCCAUUCUCAAACAGCAGUUCCUGCUCUGUACACUUGGUUGACUGGAAGUCAGCAAUGCUUCUUUGAAACCUUGACUGGUUUUGUCUCAGUGAAUGCCUUGCUUUUGAUCAUUGUCAUUAUUUCCAUUUCUUCCUUCUAAUUUGUGUUAACCCAGUUUAUCACUGAUUCCAGGAGAGUGUCCUCUACCUGCCCAGCCUCCAGGCUGCCUUCUUACCUUCUCAUCUCUUGCGGCGUGCUGGACCACUGUGAAACAAUUUUAUGAGCAAUAUCACUGGUGUUGCAUUCUUCUGUCACUGUCUGUUGUAAUACGUAAUACGCUGCACUGAUGUUAAAUGUAGUAGGAGACCCAGAAAUGGCAUUAUUGUUUGCUAGCAAUAUAACUGACUUGCAGUGCUUCUGCACAGGACUUGUCCUCACUUCUCAAAACAGCUGGCUGUCUCGGGCCCAAUUUAAUGAACAAGGCUGGAUUAUAAACAACCUUGGGUCCCCUCACCAGCACGCCAUCAAUCUUACUUCCACCCAUUUUUGUACUUUUGUUUAGAAGCUAGAAGAAAAUUUAAAGAAAUGUGCUGAGAAUCCCUUCUAGGAUGCAUAGAUAUCACAUAUGGUUCACCAAAAAAAUAGAAGGAAUCUACUCCUGUUUUGAACAAAAUUAAUAAGAGCUUCUAAAUAAUGUAUUUAAAAGUUAUCAAGAUCAAACCAAGGUGAAGUUUUCUAUAAUCAAUCCACUCUCUACUUUUAAUAUUUAAGUCAGCAAAUAUCAAGCUAUUCUUUUAUAAGUGGCAUUGAAUGAAAAUGAGAACGCUGCAGAAUUAGAGGUUUAUUGAUACAGUUCUCAAUUCCACCUGUGUGCCACAUGUUAGAUCACCUGUUUCUGGGCACCAAGAAAACCCAAGGCUGUUCACAACAAGAGCACACGUUGUGAACAGUUUUAAUUCUUCAGAGCUCCUCUGAGGGCCCAGGGCUGGCAGUGGGGAGGAGCAGAACCCCAUGCCCUCUGCAUAUUGAAACCCUUCCUUGAGUUCUGCCCCCCUCCCCACCAGCCCAGCUUCUCCUGAAUGCUAAUACUUAAGUAGAACAGAAAUGUUAGGAGCAAUUACAGCGUGAACAUCUCUUCUUGUUUAUGUAUAGUAGCUGAUAGGAGAGUCUGUAAUAAUAAUCAGUGUUUAUACAUGUGCUGUUCAAUGUAACCGCUGGGUACAAAAUACUUUUCAAGUGUCACAAUAACUGGAUUGAUGUCACUUUUUGCUUGUAUGAAUAAUUAUUUGCAUUGCAGGGACCAGUGCCACUUUUGUCAUGUUAUUUAUGAUUUUAAAAUACAUUUGUGAUAAAUUAGGCUCGUUCCUAAGGUAAACAAUACCAGAGCCAAGCAGCUGCCUCUGUACAUGUGCAUGUUAUCACAGCUGAUAUCAAGACCAAGGCAGACUCCUUGUCUUGCCCAGACCUUUCCUUAACCUUUCCGGCUUAUUCAGGGAAAUGUGGACCAGUCUAUUUUCUUAUAAAAGUGGCUUUUUGAAAAGAUAAACUUAUUUUUUAAAACCUUUCUUUGUAUGAGUAUUGAUUCAGAAGGACUGUAACACUCAUAUUUUUCUAAACUGCCUAUUGCCUGUUGGAAAACGAUAUAUAAAUAUAUAUUUUAUUCUACAGAUUUCCAUGUAGUUUUGAAGAUCUUUGUUUUCAUAUAUGUCCUCCUGUUUGCUAGAAUUAUCUCCAGGAGCUGUAAGCUUCUGUAAAAUGUCUCUAUGAAAGCAUGUAAAAAUAGAACUGCAUAGAAAGACUGACUUUAUUUUUCAUUUAAAUUGCCGAAACUAAGUUGUCCUUAGUGUUAUUUUACACAAGAUGUACGGAAAGAAAUCAGGUCAUUUUUUUGCAAGUCUGGGCUGUGUUAUGUAGCACUUACUAAAAAGUCUUGACUGAAAAUCAAGAGAGUUUAUGCUGGAAAUGGUGCCAGCUUGGGGCCUGAUUCUGGAAUUAUUCACACUGUUUAAGAACUUAUUUCACAAACAGUCCCGUGAAAUUUCACAGGACAAAUUACAAAUAAGACCCUCUGAUAGAUGAAUAGCAGUGCCAGGCUCGGGCCCUUUUACAAUAAAGAAUGAGACUUUUUAGCUGGGGAAGAGGUUAUAUUCUCAGUGCCUCAGGACAGCAUUUUCAUUCCCUUCUGCGCUGCGAACCUGCUCCUUCUGCAGCUGAAACAGUGGAUUAAGCACCCACUGCAAUAGAUAUUUGCAGAGCAAUCUUGUGGAAAUGGCCUGAUUUCAUUCUUCAGAGCAGCAGCAGGGGCACCUGGGCAGUGGAGACCGACAGUGUGUGCUGUGAUCGUGGUGGAGCAUGGCAGGAAUUCUACUGUCUGCCUUCAAAAUUACUGCUUGUUCAUCAGCAUUGCCAAAAGUGUAUUUUCUCAAGUAAAAGAAUCUGAUUCCGUAUGACUUUUCCAGGAGUAAAGGGCAGCUGGGUUGUUCUGUGAUCAGGCCACAUUAUUCUGAAAGUUUAUCCUUUAAUGACAAAUGAAAUAUGAUGUGGCUUUGCUGUUGGCAAGCAGGAUAAAGAGACUGGAAGUUCCUAACCCUUAGCCCCAGCCUUGUGUCUGUGCUGAUGCUCCACUCUUACCAAUGAACUGUGUUGCCUCAAGUUACAAAGUCAGAAUAUUUCACUGCAUGUACCCUUUUCUGUAAUGAAAAAAAUAUGUAUUUGGUGUUGCAGUUAUAAUGCAGUAAAUAAACACAUACAUAGUUCUUUUUAAA